CAAUAAUUGACGCUUUUACGUGUUCAAAGUGAUAUUUGCAUUUCACACUGACCAGUGUAUAGCAAUUUUAACACUUAUUGAUUAUUGAAAACUAGUGCUUUUUCACUUGUGUGACCUUAAUUUUUCUUGAAGUGUGAUUGACCAGUUUUGAUCGUAUUCUUUUUGUAGUUAGACGCACUGUACGCUGAAGUUUCUUUAGCUAAACAGGAUGCAGCGUUGUGGCGGGAAGCGUUUUCCUUUUAUUUUUUCAGGUGCCCAAGACAGGAAAAAAGUGAACCUUAUUGCUGGGGACUCCAAUGUUCAUCGGAUUAAGGAUAUUCUUCCUGGCGAUAUAGCUGUCAAAUGCCUGCCAAUCUCUGGUGCCAAAUUUUCUGGUGAUCAUCGGGGUUUUCGCCAUGCAUUGUUGAGAGACCUGAGGGAGAUGGAUGUUCAACAGCUGUAUAUUCAUCUAGGCUCCAAUGACAUUCUUACGAAUGAAGCGGUGUUUUACCGAGAUGUUGCUGACUUGUGUGAUGUGGUCCAUCAGGUCAGUCCAGACACCGAGGUUGUCUUGUGCGAAGUGCUUCCUCGGUGUGCAGAUUACAGACAAGGUUGUUGGAUACCAGAAGGACGUCUGACUGCCAUGCAGAAAUGGAUUAAACGAGCCAACUCACUACUGUCGUAG